AUGAGCAGAGGUGUGUGAGUUUCAAUGACAUCCAAACUUUUUCAAUCCACCAUCCUUCACCAAGAAAUGGAUCUACGAAAUUGUAAGACUACAAACUUUUCAAUUAUUAAAAUAUUGUGAAUUUAUUUCCAUAAAAGGUUUAUUAUAAAUAAGGUUUAUUUGUUUGAAUGUGGCUUUUUCUCUGUAAUUUACAAAUCAGUCAGCAUACAUUUCCAAGUACUGGCUUGAUGACCCAAAUGGCACCCUAUUCCCUAUGCAGUGCACAACUUUUGACCAGGGGUCUGUUCAAAAGUAGUGCACUAUGUAGGGAAUAGGGUGCCAUUUCUCUUGCCACAAGUAGUGCACUAUGUAGGGAAUAGGGUGCAGUUUCUCUAGUCAAAAGUAGUGCACUAUGUAGGGAAUAGGCGGCUGCUUUGGACAUACCCUUUACUUCUGCCUGUCUUCCCUCCAGUGUAUUUUGAUGAGGUAUUUAGUAUUCAGGAUCAUGACCAGCGGACUGGCAGGGCCAAAUGGAGCUACUCCAUACCCGACGACCCUGAGGCAAACCUGGGAGGCACCUCCAGAGUCCCCGACCACCUCCAGGCUGGCUUCCUCUACCGUGUCUCCGUCCACCAGGACCUGACUGAGGGACCAGACGACCAGGGCUUCCAGGGCUACCAAUGUGGCCUGUGUCGGUUGCCCCUCCCCAGCCUUGCUUCCCUCCAGGCCCACCUCUUGGUCAGCUGGACCCACAGCACAGGCUGUAACCGCCUCUACAGUGACAUGAUCAGGCUGUGUCCGUCUCCUCCUCCUCCAUUGGUGUAUGUAUCUGAGGAGCCAUCGCCAUCUUCCCCCAUCCAGGUCCACAAUAACCAGCAGGACCAGGAGGCUGAUAGGGCCCGUCGUCUCUACGCCGUUAUCAAUGACCUUGAGGUGAAACUGGGAUCGCGGCGAGGCAGAUGCACUGACCACCUCCAGGCAGACUUCGUCCGCUAUGUCUCCAGCCAGGUCUGUGUGUUGUCUGUCUGUGUGUGUGUGUGUGUGUGUGUGUGUGUGUAGAGGAAGGGGUAGAAUUGAGCAGAAGACACAUUUCUGUUGUUCACUGUAACAUAUGGACAAUAAAGUUGUAUUUUAUUGUAGGCCUCCAAUAAUGGUCCAGGCUACCACCGGGGCUACCAGGGCUCUGAGGGCUACCAGUGUGCCCUGUGUCAGCUGCCCUUCCCCAGCCUGGCCUACCUCCAGGCCCACCUUCUAGACAGCUGGGAAGCUAGGCAGUCCUGUAGCCUCCUCUACAGCCAGAUGAUCAGGCGUUGUCCCUCUCCUCCUCCUCCUCCUAUGGUGGUGAAACCAGUUCUGCGCACCACUGGCUCCUCCUGCUCAUCCUCUGUUUCAGUCACAAAGAGACCUCCAAGACGCCAUGCAGAGCACCUUUAUCCAUAUCUGCCUUCCACUUCAUCAUCCUCAGUCUCAGCCACUGUGGUAUCUUCAUCAUCCAGACGCCAUGAGCAUGUACUGUCUCCAGACCUGCCUUCCUCCUCCUCCACCUGCUCCUCUUCAGCCAUACCCUCCAGAAAGAGAAGGAGAGACAACGACGUGAGCUCCAGAGGGGCCCCCAGGAGCCCCAGCCAACAGCCCAGCUUUAGCACUCUGUCUCGGCGAGACAAGAGCCACCAGGCUGGCCCCUCCUUGAUGAGACCCAUGGACAACCUCCAGAGCUACCUCCCUCAGCCCUACUGUCCCCAGCCCAGCCACAGCACUCUGUCUUGGGGGGAGGAGAGCCAUCAGGCAAGCCCCAGCAAGAGACACAGAGAGCUGGAAGCCACCCCACAGGGAUACCCUGGACCCAACUGCACGGCACGCAUGCGAACGACUUGCAAGACAAAGUCAAAGUGCAAGAUGCUACAGAGGAAAGCCCUUGUGUAAAAGGGUUUUUCGGUUGUCCCCAUAGGAGAACCCUUUGAAGAACCCUUUUUGGUUCCAGGUAGAACCCUUUAGGUUCCAGGAACCAAAAAGGGUUCUCCUAUGGGGACAACCGAAGAACCCUUUUGAACCCUUUUUUCUAAGAGUGUAGGUAAACACUAUAUGAAAUAUGACUGUAAAAUAAAGUGUUACCACACAGCCUAUUUAUGUGAAUCCUAUUUUAAUAAAUCUUCAUAAAUGAAUUUGCUCUGCAUUUGAUGUUUUUUUAAUUUUUUAUUAAACAUCAUACAUUUUUUGUGUUUUGUUUUGUUUGACCAAAUAAAUGAGUUGUAUUUCCAUUUGUCAUAAUCAGAUAUGAAACAGAAUUUACCAUACGUUCAAAAUACUUUUUGCACAUCUAAUUUGGUGCCCAAUACUGUACCUCAAAUAAUAGCCUUGAAAACAUUAUUAACUAUCACUAACGUCGAACUACAAAUACACUUUAAGAAAUAAAGUUCAAGAUAUCAAGUAGCUACCUACUACAAUAAUACCCUUGACAAUACACUUUGUUUAUAAUUCCUGUCACACACAGACACACACGGUGUGACUGACUGAGUGUGUGAAUGCGAGCGUGUGUGACAGAGCCACAGUCAAUCACACUGUGUCACGUGUUGUUUUGCUUUCUGACCUAGACACAUUUAGCCAGGAAAUCACCUGGUAAUACUAUUUGAUGGAUGGAGGGAUAGACAGCGGGAGGGAGGGAGGGAGGGAGGGAGGGGAAGGGAGGAAUGAAGGAGAGGAGAGCAAGUGGACCCAGUCCUGUCAUUCACAUUACUGCAGGAGGAAGAGUGAAGCAAUUUUUUUGCCAACCAGCUAAAGGUAAGGACAACGUAGAUACAUUUUCUGUCUGUAAUAUUUGCAUCAAAUAGAGAGUGGAAGUUACUUUUCCUUGCAGGUUGGUUGAUUACCUAUACCUUGACUGUGUAUGUGUGUAUGUCCCUAAAGUAGGUUACAGUAAAAAAAGAAAAUAUAUAUUGUAACAUACACCGGAUAGGUGCUGUGAAAUGUGUUGUUUUACAGGGUCAGCCAUACUAGUACAGCACCCCUGGAGCAAAUUAGGGUUAAGUGCUUUGCUCAAGGGCACGCCAGAUUUUUCACUUUGUCGGCUCAGGUAUUCAAACCAGCGACCUUUCAGUUACUGACCCAAUGCUUUAACCACUAGGCUACCUAUUUUCACAGUGUGUUGGGUAUGCUUUGCAAAGAAAUCAUAAUUUCUGUGACCGUGACACCUGCCAAUAUCCGUUUCUGAAAAUGUAGCUAUCAACACAUACACACUCAUCUGUGUAUUCAUUUUAUUCAGGAUGUCUAAGACCCCGUCCACCACGUCUGCAACUUCUGUAACCUCUGCAACGUCUGCAGCCUCUACAGACAGGUAAGAUCAACGUCUACAUCUGAGACUGGAGAACUUGCCGUAGAGAAAGAGAUUGGCCAUGAUGGGCACAAUAGAGUUAUUGAGAGACACUGGCACCGUACACACUCAGGUUGUACAAGUGAUAUUGUUGACUCAAUGGUUGUGAUACACCUGAUGUGUUUGUGAUGCCCAAAAAUAUCUACAAAACCAUUAAGCGGUGUCUCCACAAUACUUAUAUGAAUAUUUUUGUGCAGAAAAACUCUCUGUUGUAUCACAACUAUUGUGCCAAAUGUGCUUUACAUCCGUUGUAAAACUUGAAUGUGUACGAAGCCAUUGAGUGAUGAUUCUAUUUGCACGGAUUCGCUCCAUGGUUAUUACAAUACUGUAAGUCAAGUCAAGGUGUCAAGAUAGCUCAUGUCAUUGUCUGUAAUAUUGUGAACACCUGUUGCCUCUUGGCUCCUGGCCUGUAGCAAAGGUGGUAAAUCCCGGAAGACUUCGUCCUCGGGUUCGGAGUCAGCUCCCAAGAAGGUGUCUAAGAAAGAGCAGAAGAGGAAAGACAUGGAGAAGAUACACACCACCCUGCUCAGCAGCGUGUUUGGAGCGUUACGCGCACGCACACACACACACACAUUAAAGCUACUUUAACAUCUGACCCCUGACCUAUAACUCUUAGUAGCGACAUGCUGGGCUAACAACAGUCAGGUGUUUUUUUUUUUGUCAAGGGGACAUUGAUAAUCAUGCGAAGGAAUGAAAAGUCAUAGAAGCUACAACGUUAGCUAAGCUCCUGAUCUUUGCAUGCUGUGUGUAUGAGUGGGUGCCUGCGCAUGCGUGCCUGCCUAUCUGCUUGCCUACCUGUGUGUGCCUGCGUGUGUGUGUCUGCCUGCCUGCAUGCAUGUGUGUGGGAGUGUGUGUGUAGGUAAUGACCCUCUAAGCUACACACACAGAGAGUAGUUAUCCUCUCCAGCUAAUCCUAUUGACACAGCAGUAUUAUUAGAUCCUUAGUGUGGCUCAGCAUCACCAUUCAUUAGGAUUAAUGGGUAGAAGCUGCCGAAAGAGCAUCGAACACAAAGGGAAAGUUGUACGAUUCUUUUAGGAACUUUUUUUGUUUGAUAUUUGUAAACGUUUAGACCCAGUGACGGGUGUGGUAUUGUGUGUCAAUUGAUGUUCGAUGUUUAAUGAACAAUUUCUGCUUUUCUCACUUUGUUUCUUGACACUGUAAAACUUAGCUUGGGGACAUCGAUUUAGGAUAGAAUAAUUCAGACUAGAACAUAAACUAGAUCAUAUUGAGCAUGCAGUGUGUGUAGGCUAUGCGGGUAAACACAACACGCUACAAACACGUGUGUGAAUGAGGUUGAAUGGUGUCCCAAACAAACAUGAUAGAAACCAUUAUGAUUUAAUCCACCUUGAUCAGGAAACAUCCCCAACUGUACCUGUCCCCAAUCCCUCACUAACUUCCUACCACACCAGAACUACCUGACCCUAAAACUUCUCACCAAAUCGCCUGUGCUAAACUUCCAUCCAAAAGUAUCUGUAUUUGACUCUUUAAGGUGAACCCUAUCCAGAGUAUAGUAUGUCUAGUUCUAAACGCCAUACAUGCACUAUAAUAUUACUCAAAAGGCUUCAGUAUGGCAGACAGUGUUGUUUCUCUAUGGCAGCUCCCUCACUAAAACACACACUACAUGGGGCCUCCCGAGUGGCGCAGUGGUCUAAGGCACUGCAUCGCAGUGCUUGAGGCUUCACUACAGACCCGGGAUUCGAUCCCAGGCUGUGUCACAACCGGCCGUGACCAGGAGUCCCAUAGGGCGGCGCACAAUUGGCCCAGCGUCGUCCGGGUAAAGGAGGGUUUGGCCGGGGUGGCUUUACUUGGCUCAUCGCGCUCUAGCGACUCUUUGUGGCGGAAUCUGCAGACUUCGGUCGUCAGUUGAACAGUGUUUCCUCCGACACAUUGGUGCAGCUGGCUUGGAGUGACGUUUGGCGGGUCAUGUUUCGGAGGACGUAUGAUACGACCAUCGCCUCUCCCGAGCCCAUUGGGGAGUUGCAGCGAUGAGACAAGAUCAUAAUUUAAAUUGGGAGAAAAAGGGGGUAAAAUACAAAACACGACAUGGCCGAAAGUAUGUGGACACCUGCUCGUCGAACAUAUAAUUCCAAAAUCAAGGGCAUUAGUAUGGAGUUGGUCCCCCCUUUGCUGCUAUAACAGCCUCCACUCUUCUGGGAAGGCUUUCCACUAGAUGUUGGAACAUUGCUGCGGGGACUUGCUUCCAUUCAGCCACAAGAGCAUUAGUGAGGUCGGGCACUGAUGUUUGGCGAUUAGGCCUGGCUCGCAAAGGUGUUCGAUGGGGUUGAGGUCAGGGCUCUGUGCAGGCCAGUCAAGUUCUUCCAAUCCGAUCUCGACAAACCUUUUCUGUAUGGACCUCACUUUGUGCACGGGGGCGUUGUCAUGCUGAAACAGGAAAGGGCCUUCCCCAAACUGUUCCCACAAAGUUGGAAGCACAGAAUCAUCUAGAAUGUAAUUGUAUGCUGUAGCGUUAAGAUUUCCCUUCACUGGAAAUAAGGGGCCUAGCCUGAACCAUGAAAAACAGCCCCAGACCAUUAUUCCUCCUCCACUAAACUUUAUACACCUCACUCUGCAACUGGAUCCUGGACUUCCUGACGGGCCGCCCCCAGGUGGUAAGGGUAGGUAACAACACAUCUGCCACACUGAUCCUCAACACGGGGGCCCCUCAGGGGUGCGUGUUCAGUCCCCUCCUGUACUCCCUGUUCACCCAUGACUGCAUGGCCAGGCACGACUCCAACACCAUCAUUAAGUUUGCAGACGACACAGGCCUGAUCACUGACAACGAUGAGACAGCCUAUAGGGAGGAGGUCAGAGACCUGGCCGUGUGGUGCCAGGAUAACAACCUCUCCCUCAACGUGACAUUGACAAAGGAGAUGAUUGUGGACUACAGGAAAAAAAAGAGGACUGAGCAUGCCCCCAUUCUCAUCGACGGGGCUGUAGUGGAACGGGUUGAGAGCUUCAAGUUCCUUGGUGUUCACAUCACUAAUUAACUAUCAUGGUCCAAACACACCAAGACAGUCGUAAAGAGGGCACGACAAAGCCUAUUCCCCCUCAGGAGACUGAAAAGAUUUGGCAUGGGUCCUCAGAUCCUCAAAAAAUUAUACAGCUGCACCAUCGAGAGCAUCCUGACUGGUUGCAUCACCGCUUGGUAUGGCAACUGCUCGGCCUCCGACCGCAAGGCACUACAGAGGGUAGUGCGUACGGCCCAGUAUAUCACUGGGGCCAAGCUUCCUGCCAUCCAGGACCUCUAUACCAGGCGGUGUCAGAGGAAGGCCCUCAAAAUUGUCAAAGACUCCAGCCACCCUAGUCAUAGACUGUUCUCUCUGCUACCGCACGGCAAGCGGUACCGGAGUGCCAAGUCUAGGUCAAAAAUACUUCUCAACAGCUUCUACCCCCAAGCCAUAAGACACCUGAACAGCUAAUCAUGGCUACCCAGACUAUUUGCACUGCCCCCCCACCCCCACCCCAUAUUUUUACGCUGCUGCUACUCUGUUAAUUAUUUAUGCAUAGUCACUUUAACUCUACCCACAUGUACAUAUUACCUCAACUACCUCAACUAGCCGGUGCCCCUGCACAUUGACUCUGCACCGGUACCCCCCUGUAUAUAUAGCCUCCCUACUGUUAUUUUAUUUGACUUCUGCUCUUUUUUUCUCAACACUUUUUUGUUGUUGUUGUUUUAUUUUACUUUUUUAUAAAAAAAUUAAUGCAUUGUUGGUUAAGGGCUGUAAGUAAGCAUUUCACUGUAAUGUCUACACCUGUUGUAUUCAGCGCACUUGGCCAAUAACAUUUUGAUUUGAUUUGAUUUGAUUUAGUUGGCACUAUGCAUUCGGGCAGGUAGCGUUCUCCUGGCAUCCGCCAAACCCAGAUUCGUCCGUCGGACUGCCAGAUGGUGAAGCGUGAUUCAUCACUCCAGAGAACGCGUUUCCACUGCUCCAGAGUCCAAUAGCGGCGAGCUUUACACCACUCCAGCCGACGCUUGGCAUUGCUCAUGGUGAUCUUAGGCUUGUGUGCCGCUGCUCGGCCAUGGAAACCCAUUUCAUGAAGCUCCAGACAAACUUGUGCUGACGUUGCUUCCAGAAGCAGUUUGGAACUCGGUAGUGAGUGUUGCAACCGAGGAUAGAUUAUGUUUACUCACUACGCGCUUCAGCACUCGGCGGUCCCGUGCUGUGAGCUUGUGUGGCCUACCACUUUGCGGCUGAGCCGUUGUUGCUCCUAGAUGUUUCCACUUCACAAUAACAGCACUUACAGUUGACCGGGGCAGCUCUAGCAGGGCAGAAAUUUGACGAACUGAUUUGUUGGAAAGGUGGUAUCCUAUGACGCUGCCACAUUGAAAGUCACUGAGCUCUUCAGCCAUUCUACUGCCAGUGUUUGUCUAUGGAGAUUGCAUGGCUGUGUGCUCGAUUUUAUACACCUGUCAGCAACAGGUGUGGCUGAAAUAUCCGAAUCCACAAAUUUGAAGGGGUGUCCACAUACCUUUGUUUAUAUAGUGUAUCUCUCCUUUGCUUGUUGUCUUCCUUUAGGAGAGGGAGUUGGCCCAAGCAGAGUUGGAUGGUGAGUCUUCUUAUCACAGUGAUAUUGCAUAUACAAUAGAAUGCUUUUACUUACAGUUGAUUGACUAGUUGCACAACUUAUUACACUGAACCCGUGUUACUCAAGUUAAGAUUCUAACAGGCGCUAUAUUUGUGAAGGGGGGUAGCUUUGAAUCAUCCAUAGAAAUAGUAUGACUAGAUCGGGCAAAAAGCCCCUCAGACCACGGCAAUUUGACAGUACAUUCAUGGGCACACUCAAUAUGGCAGCCGGUCCACCCAUCACGGAACGUUGACUUGAAUGGGAAUGUCCUUUCUGGUAAUUCUAUUUCUAUGGUGUCAUCAUCAACUUCUGACCUGUAACCUUUAACCUUUGGCACAGAGCUGGACUUUGCCUUCAAGGAGUUUGACUACGACUGUGACGGCUACCUGAACUACAAGGACGUAGCUGAGUGCAUGAGGACCAUGGGCUACAUGCCCACUGAGAUGGAGCUGCUGGAGAUAGUGCAACAGAUCAAGAUGAGGAGUAUGUUAAGUUUAAGUUAUUUUCAUCUAAUGUGCUUAUUGUCCAGUCCCUACCUGUGUCCUGACUGUUGAUUGGCUGUCUCCCUUCAGUGGGCGGUCUGAUGGACUUUGAUGACUUCUGUGAGCUGAUGGGUCCCAGGAUAAUGGGAGAGACAGCUGAUAUGCUGGGGCUGAAAGAGCUCAGGUCCGCCUUCUCACAGGUAAGAGACUGACACAGAGCCAAAGAGACUGAGAUUGAGUGAAUGUUCAUAAAACACAGGCCUACAAACACAGAUAUUAUGGCCCUACUCAAACUCUCAUUAAUAUCUCCCAGCCUCUUCAUUAUUGCAUGAUUUACAUGACCUACUCUUCCUCAAGUUGGGAUUCAGCCCUCAGCCAAUAUUAACUCACAUGUUCACUUAAUCACCCACAUUCUCUCCUCCUCAACAUCCCUCCAUCAUAUCUUCUCCCUCUCCUCCUCUCAGUUUGACCAGGACUGUGAUGGGAAGAUCAGCCAGGAUGAGAUGAAGGAGGCGGUGAAGAGUCUACUGGGGGAGAAACUGAAGAAAGGAGAGCUGGAAGAGAUACUCAAAGAGAUAGACAUCAACGGAGACGGAAGCGUCGACUUUGAUGGUGAGGAGAUAACGGUGCAUAGACACAUACACACACAUACACACACACGUAAGGUCACACACACGGAGGAAACACUCACAAACAUGCAGAAACACGUCAGGACACACACACAUACACAGAAGUAAGAUCACACACAUGCAUACAUACACACACACACACACAGUCACACACACACAUUUUGUAGCCUUUCUCAUUUCCCUCUCUUGCCUUCCAGAGUUCGUCAUGAUUCUGUCCAUUCGGUAAGUGCUGGAAGACCUGAGAAGACGCUAUCAUUUGUGUGUAUGAUCAGCUUUAAGGAUGAGAUGUACUCCUCUCAUCUCCUCACUCCUCCUUUUCGCUCCUCUCUUCCUCUCCUCUCCUGUUCUCUCCUUUUCUGUUCUCUCCUCUAUACUAGAAAAUAAAUAUGGUGUACAAUGGGCAAGAGUAUAUUCUUAAAUGUAUUUUAAAUGUAUUUGGAUUAUACUGAUUCAUCAGUUUGUAGACACUGAUUGGCUGUAUGUAAUAUGACAUGUAAAUAAGAUACCAUUUUUCUAUUUUAAUAAAUAAUUAGAAUGUCAA